CAGAAAAUCAUUCUCACAACACAGCAACAAAAACCCUAAUAUUACACAUAGAAGCCGAAACAUCGAAUGGCAGGUAUUGCUUAUGGAAUCAGCGUGCUUGCCGUUGGUGCAGGUGAGGCUCCACGGCGAGCAAGACAACCUCAAUCUCAGUCUUCUCCGACCACUCAUGACCAGAACAACAGUAACCCUACGCCCUCUGAAGAGUUUGCGUAUUUGAAUUCUGGGAAGCAACAUGUGAAGGGUCUUACCAACCAGACAGGUUAUGUUAAGGGCAAUGCUAAUGGGACCAUCAACUUUGGGACGCUCAGAACCUCCGCAAGGCAACCAUAAGCGUAAUCGAUAUCAGUUCAUAAGAUGAAUGUUGAAAAAGAAAAUAUAUAGCUUUAGGCAACUCAAUAAUUAACUAAAUAAUUACUCCUGUUCUGUUGCCUACUCGUACUAUAUAUUUUUCAUGUAUUACUUGCCAGAGACAUCAUAGUAUGAAGAAUAAGAUGGAUGUUUUAACCCUUCUUCAAGUA